CAGAGUCCUCUUUGAAGUGUUUCCUUCUCUUGCAUCCUCAUCAAGCCCCUUCUCUCACUCUCGCCUCCUCUCCUAUUCCUAGUUCCUUAUGGCAACCUUGCAAAUGGAGGGAAAAGCAGGAAGGUGGAGCGACUUCAUGCAGAGGGCGCGGCCCUACAUAGCGAUGGUGUCGCUGCAGUUUGGCUAUGCGGGCAUGAACAUCAUCACCAAGGUGUCCCUCAACGGUGGCAUGAGCCACUACGUCCUUGUUGUCUACCGCCACGCCUUCGCCACCGUCGUCAUUGCGCCGUUUGCCCUCAUCCUCGAGAGGAAGGUGAGGCCGAAGAUGACAUUCCUCGUGUUCAUGCAAAUCUUUGUGCUGGGCCUUCUUGGGCCGGUGAUAGAUCAGAACCUUUACUACGCGGGUCUGAAAUUCACAUCCCCAACCUUUUCGUGUGCCAUGAGCAACAUGCUCCCGGCGAUGACUUUCGUCAUGGCAUUUCUCUGCAGGAUGGAGAAGGUGGACAUGAAGAAAGUGAGGUGCGUGGCGAAGGUGGUGGGGACAGUGGUGACAGUGGGCGGCGCCAUGCUGAUGACACUGUACAAGGGAAAUGUCCUCAACUUCCCAUGGUCCGCUAACCUCCACGGCCACGCUGCGAAUGGCUCAGAGGCGCCUGAGUCUGCCGACAAGGACUGGGCGAAGGGCUCCAUCUUCCUCAUCAUCGCCACUUUUGCUUGGGCCUCCUUCUUCAUCCUCCAGGCAGUGACCUUGAAGAGAUACCCAGCACAUCUUUCGCUGACGGCCAUGGUGGUGUUCAUGGGCACGCUUCAGUCCAUCGCUGUGACGUUCGUGGUGGAGCACAAGGCUUCCGUCUGGUCCAUUGGCUUCGACAUGAACCUUCUUGCCGCCGCCUAUGCUGGGAUAGUGUCGUCAAGCAUCGCGUACUACGUUCAGGGGGUGGUCAUGAAGAAAAGAGGCCCAGUCUUCGUCACUGCCUUCAGCCCCCUCAUGAUGAUCGUCGUGGCCAUCAUGGGCUCCUUCAUCCUUGCCGAGAAGAUCUACCUCGGAGGGGUUCUUGGUUCGGUCCUGAUAGUGGCCGGGCUCUACUCGGUGUUGUGGGGCAAGUACAAGGAGUACCAGGAGAAAGAGGCAGAGGAGAUCCCUGAACCAGUCAAAGACCAUCAGAACGGCCAGACACAUGACCUCGAAGCCUCAUUACCCAUGGCGAAUCAACGGAGCGAGUUGGAGCGGCCGGGCUCUACUCAUUGCUCGCCAUCUUCCUCUGUACCUUCCAGAGGUCCCCAUCUGCAAUGAAGAGACCAUCUCCGAACACAUCGUGGAGGAGCGGUCUGAAUCGAUCGCCUUGUGGAUAGCGAUCGAAGUGAGUCUUGCGGACGUGCUCCACGUUCGAAGAAUUUGCCAACAAAACUUUACUGGAUAUUUAUAGAGAAACUGUUCCGCCAGUUUUGUUACUGCAACGAAAUAUCUUUCACCUUGUGAUAUUUACGGCUUUUAUUUGAAGAAGAUAUAAGUUCUGUACUAAUUCCUGACAAAGAAUAUCAAAUGCAAUAUUAUAAAAUU